GUAAGAUCCGUCCGAGCCAGAAGGCUCAUGGAUCGCGAGCACAAAGCGACAAACAGAAAGAAAGAAAGUCUUGUGCUUCUAUAAUGACAAAUCCGUAUCUAGCUUCCACCCAAAGGUGAGAGCAAGAAAGGAACCAGCUCAGAACUGAUAUCGGCUCACGGCCAACAGUAGUGAGAUAGGGAGUAAUAGUAACCCCUUCCCUCUCCCUCAGCUUCUUAGCCUCCUGAAUCAACCGGCCUCGCUCUAGCGGUUUCACCUCCAAGACAACACUCCAGCUCCCUGCAGCAGACAGCCAGCAACGCUGGUACUUGACUCCUUCACCAACUCCAACGGCCCCCUCCCCUACCAGCCAGUUGUAUUCGUUAGCUUGAAGCCUAGCCAACUGCUCUCGUUUCACGUUUCGCAGCAAGACCUUGUUAUCUUCCUCCAUCCCCUCAGCUCCUGGUGGGCUGGGGUCCCCUUCCGAUACCGCCAUGGAAGCCACCUCAUCCCUCAAGCCACGUACGCGACUCGCCAUCUCCUGGAAUUGCGUGUCCAGUUGAGCUGCUUUGACUUCUAGCGCGUGCAUUUGCUCCUUGAAGGCAGUUGGCUCCUUGAAGGCAGUCGUCUUACGACCUUGCAACGCUAGUACAGCGUCGAUUCUAGAGAGCCGGCGGAAAAGCUCGCGUAGAAUCUGCCCAGUUGACAUCUUCUGUAGAACGCAUCUCUGAUAUGCCUCAUCGCCUGUCUCCCAGCUACCAUUCUCCCAUGUCUUCGCUGCUGCUCGGAAGGCGUCUACCAAUGCGCUGUCUUCUUCCUCAUCACUCUCAUCCAUCCCAUCGCUAUCUUCAAGAGCAGAGAACGAGUUCUUGAACUGUACUUGUGGUGAACCUGAUCCAGGCGCCGCCAUUCGGGAUGCACCGACUUAUUCUUGUGAUGUUCAGGUAAACUUGCACCCACAAUCUCGUCAAAGGUGUAGUAUAUGUAGCGAGUAUUGUAAGCGUAGCGUAGCGUAGUGGCGUAGUGGGGUAGUGGGGUAGUGGGGUAGUGGAGUAGUGGAGUAGUGGAGUAGUGGAGUAGUGGAGUGAUGGGGCCGUGCUCGGGCCGUGAUGGGCCGUGAUCUAAACAGCCAUACAUCGAGCCGUACACAUCGCAAGAGUAUUACUACUGAUGUACUACGUACCGACACCAACAGCGGGAUGAACUGCACUCCUUGCACCCGUGCCGGGCUUGUUGCUUAACCAACUUUCCUAUCUUCCAUACGGUAAUCUUGACAUCUGAUUGGAUAUGGACGAAGUAAAUCGGCUUGAGCACUAUUUAGGCGUGUAGCAAACAGUGAUGCGUUCUUGCCUUGAGUAACGAAACGGAUAUUGGAAAAAUGGGGAGGGCGUCGGCCCUGGCCAUCCUGAUCACAUGUUUAGUUUGUGUGAGGGGAGGCAGCAGUGAAGCUUCAACGGAGGCAUCCGAGACAACAAAGCCGCAAAAAUGGAAGGGAAUAAACCUCUUUCACGCCGGCGAAGACUCCUUGUCCUUCGACAACCCGGAGCUCUCCCGUUUGGUCAACCUGCACAACAAAAACUUCGACGACCCAAAGGAGUUCCUGGCCUCCGCCAAUCUUGCCGACUACCUGGGUCUGCGCCCCAUAUCCUCCCUUCACCUGCCCGUGCCGCUCCACGUGGUGCUGGUGGGCUUUGCGGGCGACGGCAACGCGGCAGUCAACAUCUCACUUCCGGAGCUCAACGAGUGGUUCGAGCACGUGGACCACGUGCUGCCGCACACGCGGGUGGACCGGGCGGAGCUCAACUGCCAGGAGGAUGGCCAGUGCGCGGGUCUGCUGCACGGUCGCUUCCACCCCACCCCGCUGCGCUCGCACGUGCACCUCAACUUCAGCUGCAACGUGGUGCUGGUGCGGCGGCGGGCGGUGGUGGACACCCUGGAGCGGGCCAUCGCGGCGUUCAGCAGGCCCGUGGACCCGGGGCUGGUGACGGGGGUGCAGCAGGUUGAUGCCGCCAAGAUGGAGGCCUUCCUGGACCACUUCCUGUCCGCCCUGCGCCUGCCGCCCGCCCCCAGCCUGCUGCUGCUCAACCCCGCCUGGCACGCGGA